AUGAGCGCUGAGCAGGAUGGCCCGCCACCUCCGGGAGAAGAGGCCCCGCCCCCUCCGGGAGGCCCCGCCCCUCCCGGUCCCGAAGACCCCGCCCCUCCGGGUCCCGGAGAGCCGGCCCCGCCCCCUCCGGGAGACGCGGCUCCUCCUCCGGCCGACGAAGAGGCUCCGCAGGCAAAGUCCCCGGGAGAGGCCACCUCCGGAGAAGAUGCGGACUCUUUUGCUAUAAAAAUGCCUUCCUCUAUUGGAAGCGAUAUUCUGAAUCUCAUUCCUUCUAGUGAAAGGAUACUUUUUCCAGAAGACGAUGAGGAGGAAACACAGAGAGUUCGCGCCAGGCCCGCGCCCCGAACGGUGCAGUCAAUGCUUUCUGAAGCACUUUCGCAGUCUUCCCAUAGGUCGUCCAAAUACUUCCGAAGUAUGAGUGGCAUUCCCAACCUACAGGAGACAUUGAAAGAGAGACAGGCAAGGUUUAGAGAUGCAAGGGAAAGCCGAAGACUGCAAAUUGACCCUUCAUACAAAUACUUAUUUGAAAUUAUAUCAGAAGUUCUUGGCCUGGACCUAGUAGCCGUCGAAGAAUUACUUUUGGAUUGUCCAACUCUGGAACCACUUACUUAUUUUUUUAUGAAAGAUGGUUGUAAGACAUUGAAAUUCUUGUACCAGGAAGGAGAUGCGCCCGGCCUGGAAUGUGGUCGAAUUAUUGCUGGAGUAACCAAAGGGUCAAAAAUGAUGAGAUUGUACAUAGACAAUGCAGCCCCGGAGAAACUCAAAGGAAAGUGUAUAUUUUUUGUUCGCUGUCAAAAUGAUAGUGCCAUAAAUCUUAAAAAUAUUCAUGAGGAAGUGCUGUUUACUCUUCUGGAUGCCUCAAAAGGACUCCUACAUGGGAUCAGGAAUAUGCUGGCAAAGAUAUUUCUACCAGCUAUCCUUGCAACAAAUAAUUGGGGUGCUUUAAACCAAUCCAAGCAGGGAGAGUCAGAAAAACACGUUUUCACUGAAACAAUCAACAGAUACCUUUCAUUUUUAGAUGGUGCUAGAAUAAAUGAGGGAACAGUUAAGUUAAAGAAUAUAGACAACUUUGAGUUUUCCAAACUGCAAACCUUUGAAGAAGUGACAGUCGCAGCCAGCAAUUCAGAAACUGUUCGCCAGCUAGAGGACGUGCUGAUGAUAUGGUACAAACAGAUCGAACAGGUGCUUAUUGAGAGUGAGCAAAUGAGAAAAGAAGCUGAUGACUCAGGCCCACUCACUGAACUGGAGCACUGGAAGCGCAUGUCAGCCAAAUUCAAUUACAUCAUUGAACAGAUUAAAGGGCCGAGUUGUAAGGCUGUCAUAAAUGUGCUUAAUGUUGCACACUCCAAACUGUUAAAGAAUUGGCGUGACUUGGAUGCAAGAAUCACAGAUACAGCAAAUGAAUCAAAAGAUAAUGUCAGAUAUUUGUACACUCUGGAAAAAGUAUGUCAACCUCUCUAUAACUAUGAUCUAGUUUCCAUGGCCCAUGGAAUACAAAAUUUGAUUAAUGCCAUCAGAAUGAUUCACAGCGUGUCGAGGUAUUAUAAUACCUCAGAGAGAAUGACCUCAUUGUUUAUCAAGGUAACAAAUCAAAUGGUGACAGCAUCUAAAGCCUACAUUACUGAUGGAGGAAUUAACCAUGUAUGGGAUCAGGAAACACCCCUUGUACUAAAGAAAAUUCAGGAUUGCAUUUUCUUAUUUAAGGAAUAUCAAGCAUCUUUUCACAAAACAAGGAAACUGAUUUUAGAAUCCUCAGGGGAAAAGUCUUUUGAGGUUUCAGAAAUGUAUAUAUUUGGAAAAUUUGAAGCUUUCUGCAAAAGACUGGAAAAGAUUACAGAAAUGAUAACUAUUGUGCAAACAUUCUCAGCCUUGAGUCAUUCUACCAUAGAGGGAAUAGAUAUAAUGGCAAUAAAAUUCAAAAAUAUAUAUCACGGGGUUAAGAAAAAGCAAUACGACAUUCUGGAUCCAAGAAGGAUAGAGUUUGACACAGAUUUCUUAGACUUCAUGGCAAAAAUCAGUGCUUUAGAGGUACAAAUACAGGCCUUUAUGAACAGUACUUUUGGAAAAAUCUUAUCUUCUCAGCAGGCUCUUCAGCUGCUUCAAAGGUUCCAGAAGCUGAACAUUCCCUGUCUUAAAUUAGAAAUAAAUCACACAAUUGAGCGUAUCCUUCAAUGUUACGUGGCUGAACUCGAAGCUAUUAAGAAGCUUUAUCAUUCUCAAAAAGAUGACCCCCCUCUGGCUCGCAACAUGCCCCCAAUAGCAGGAAAAAUACUUUGGGUGAGGCAGCUCUACCGCCGGAUAAGCGAGCCCAUCAACUAUUUCUUUAAAAACUCGGACAUUUUGUCAAGUUCGGAAGGUAAGGCUGUCAUUCGUCAGUAUAACAAGAUUUCCUACGUGCUGGUGGAGUUUGAGGUGGUCUACCACACGGCCUGGACCAGAGAGAUCUCGCAGAUACAGUACGCUUUACAAGCCACACUUUUUGUGCGACAUCCAGAAUCAGGGAAGUUGAUGGUUAAUUUUGAUCCCAAAAUUCUGGAAGUUGUUCGGGAAACUAAGUGCAUGAUAAAAAUGAAGCUGGAGGUACCAGAUCAGGCAAAGAGAAUGCUAAAGCUGGAGAGUAAGUUGAAAGGAGAUAAAUUGCAUUUGCAGGAUCUUCUGCAGUAUUACGACGAGUUGUGCCAGGAGGUGCCCUCAGUGUUUGUCAAUCUGAUGGCCCCUAAAGUGAAGAAGGUGGAAUCCGUGUUGAGACAAGGGCUCACAAUAUUAACAUGGUCAUCUCUAACACUAGAAAGCUUCUUUCAAGAGGUUGACUCAGUUUUGAAUAUGUUCAAUCAACUUUUAAAGAAGAUCAAUGACUUGUGUGAGAUGCAUAUUGAUACAGUUCUAAAGGAGAUAGCCAAAACUGUGUUAAUUUCCCUGCCCGAAGCUGGUGCUACCAAAGUGGAAGAUAUGCUGACGCUCAAUGAGACAUACACAAGAGAAUGGGCUGAUAUUCUAAACCACAAGAGUAAGCAUGUGGAAGAAGCUGUCAGAGAACUUAUAUCAAUAUUUGAGGCUAUUUAUGAAGUUAAGUACAGUGUGAAAUUAGGAAAACACGUAUCAGAACAUAGGAAACAUGUUGUGUUUGGAAGUGAAGCAGAAGAGACUGAAAACACUGAUUAUGAGACUUCAAUUAUGCCGGAGGUUGCUGUUAACGAGAAAGAAGAUGAGUUUAAAAAGGAAUGUAAAGAGGUCUAUGCUUUCUUCUCUCAUCAAUUACUAGACAGUCUUCAAAAAGCUACACGGUUAUCUUUGGACACAAUGAAAAAAAGAAUAUUUGUUGCAAGCCUCUAUGGACGAAAGCGGGCAGAAGAUGUCAUUUCCUUUAUAAAAACGGAAGUACAUCUUGCAAUUCCUAAUGUGGUGAUGGUUCCGAGCUUGGAUGACAUUCAACAAGCCAUUAACCGGAUGAUCCAGUUAACCCUGGAGGUCAGCAGAGGAGUGGCUCACUGGGGGCAGCAGCCCACCCGGCACAUGAAGAAUCUGAAGGUCAGUCCCAGCCGCACCGCUGACCUGGCGCAUCCAAGUGGAGGAAAGCAGCUGAAGAGGGAAGAAAGAUCUUUUGAAGACCUAAUUCCUGCGAGGAAGCUGAAGAAUUUUUAUCCUGGUGUAGCAGAACACAAGGAUAUUUCCAAGUUGGUCCUGCUCCUUUCUUCCUCCGUGAAUUCUCUAAGGAAGGCAGCCCAUGAGGCUCUGCAGGACUUCCAGAAAUACAAGACGCUCUGGACAGAGGACCGAGACGUGAAAGUGAAGGAAUUUCUGGCUCACAACCCCUCUCUGACUGAGAUCAGAUCAGAAAUUCUGCACUAUGCCACCUUUGAACAGGAGAUUGAUGAGCUGAAGCCUGUCAUCAUUGUAGGAGCACUCGAAUUGCAUACAGAGCCAAUGAAAUUGGCCUUAUCAAUUGAGGCUAAGGCAUGGAAGAUGUUACUCUGUCGAUACCUGAAUGAAGAAUACAAAAAGAAAAUGUCAGACAUGAUAGCAUUUAUUACUGAAUACUUGAAAAAGUUAUCUAGACCCAUUCGUGAUUUAGAUGAUGUCAGGUUUGCAAUGGAAGCCUUGUCUUGUAUCCGUGAUAAUGAAAUUCAAAUGGACAUGACUUUGGGACCAAUUGAAGAAGCCUAUGCUAUUCUAAACAGAUUUGAAGUUGAAGUAACCAAAGAAGAAUCAGAAGCAGUUGAUACCUUGAGAUAUUCUUUCAACAAAUUGCAGAGCAAAGCUGUUUCUGUACAAGAUGAACUAGUUCAAGUGCAGCCAAAGUUUAAAAGUAAUCUACUUGAGUCUGUGGAAGUUUUUCGUGAGGAUGUAAUGAACUUUGCAGAAUCAUAUGAGUUGGAAGGACCCAUGGUUCCAAAUAUACCACCCCAAGAAGCUAGCAACAGGCUACAGAUAUUUCAGGCCAAUUUUGAUGAUCUGUGGAGAAAGUUUGUUACAUAUUCAUCUGGUGAACAACUUUUUGGAUUGCCUGUGACUGACUAUGAGGUUUUGCACAAAGUCAGAAAGGAACUCAAUUUGCUGCAGAAGUUAUAUGGGCUGUAUGACACCGUAAUGGGCAAUAUUAGUGGUUAUUACGAAAUACUUUGGGGAGAUGUUGACAUUGAAAAAAUUAAUGCAGAACUGCAGGAAUUUCAAAACAGGUGUCGUAAACUUCCAAAAGGACUUAAAGAUUGGCAGGCUUUUUUGGAUCUGAAAAAAAGAAUUGAUGAUUUCAGUGAGUCGUGUCCUCUACUAGAAAUGAUGACCAAUAAGGCAAUGAAGCUGAGACACUGGGAUCGAAUAGCUGAGUUAACUGGAACCCCAUUUGAUGUGGAAUCGGAUUCCUUUUGUCUUAGAAAUAUUAUGGAAGCACCACUCCUUAAAAAUAAGGAUGACAUCGAGGACAUCUGCAUCUCUGCCAUCAAGGAGAAGGAUAUCGAAGCCAAGCUGGCACAGGUUACUGACAACUGGACCAACCAGAACCUGAGCUUCGCAGCGUUUAAGGGAAAGGGAGAGCUUCUACUCAAAGGAAGUGAGUCAGCAGAAAUCAUCACCUUGAUGGAGGACAGCUUAAUGGUCUUAGGUUCCUUACUAAGCAACAGAUAUAAUGCUCCAUUUAAAAAAAAUAUACAGAACUGGGUGUAUAAAUUGUCCACUUCCUCAGACAUAAUUGAAGAGUGGCUGGUAGUCCAGAACCUUUGGGUUUAUCUUGAAGCUGUCUUCGUAGGUGGAGAUAUUGCCAAACAGCUGCCUCAGGAAGCAAAACGUUUCCAGAAUAUUGACAAGUCAUGGAUCAAGAUAAUGCAGCGCGCUCACGAGAACCCCAAUGUGAUCAGCUGCUGUGUGGGCGAUGAAACCAUGGGGCAGCUGUUGCCUCACUUGCACGAACAGCUGGAAGUGUGUCAGAAGUCACUUACAGGGUAUUUGGAGAAGAAGCGAUUACUAUUUCCAAGAUUCUUCUUUGUAUCUGAUCCAGUUCUUCUGGAAAUUCUUGGACAAGCCAGUGAUUCCCAUACCAUACAGCCACACCUCCCUGCAGUAUCUGACAACAUAAAUGAAGUGACAUUUCAUGCAAAAGAUUACGAUCGGAUCCUGGCCGUCAUAUCAAGAGAAGGAGAAAAAAUUAUUUUGGACGGUCCUGUUAUGGCCAAAGGUCCCGUAGAGAUUUGGCUUCUGGACUUGUUAAAAAUGCAGAUGUCAUCGUUACAUAACAUAAUUCGAUCUGGGUUCUAUCAAAUCAGUGAUUCGGGAUUUCAACUCUUACCUUUCCUCAGUCACUUUCCAGCACAGGUUGGGCUUCUGGGAAUUCAGAUGCUGUGGACACACGAUUCAGAAGAGGCUUUACAUAAUGCAAAAGAUGACAGGAAAAUCAUGCAAAUAACCAACCAGAAAUUUUUGGAUAUUCUAAAUGUUCUAAUUAGCCAGACAACACAUGACCUAAGCAAGUUUGAAAGAGUGAAAUUUGAAACUCUAAUUACUAUCCAUGUGCAUCAGAGAGAUAUUUUUGAUGACUUGGUAAAAAUGCAUAUCAAAUCAGCAACUGACUUUGAAUGGCUAAAACAGAGUAGAUUUUAUUUUAAAGAAGAUUUGGAUCAGACUGUAGUGUCUAUUACAGAUGUUGACUUUAUUUACCAAAAUGAAUUUCUGGGAUGCACCGAUCGACUUGUUAUCACUCCGUUAACGGAUAGAUGCUAUAUCACGUUAGCACAGGCUUUGGGCAUGAACAUGGGAGGUGCCCCAGCAGGACCUGCGGGCACUGGCAAAACAGAGACCACGAAAGACAUGGGCCGAUGUUUGGGAAAAUACGUGGUCGUGUUUAACUGCUCAGAUCAAAUGGAUUUCCGAGGGCUCGGAAGGAUUUUUAAAGGUCUGGCGCAGUCAGGUUCCUGGGGCUGUUUUGAUGAGUUUAACAGAAUUGAAUUGCCCGUCUUAUCGGUGGCAGCCCAACAAAUUUAUAUUGUUUUGACAGCAAGAAAAGAGAGAAAAAAGCAGUUCAUCUUUUCUGAUGGUGAUUGUGUUGAUUUAAAUCCAGAAUUUGGAAUCUUCUUAACAAUGAACCCCGGAUAUGCUGGGCGCCAGGAACUACCCGAGAACUUAAAAAUUCAGUUUAGAACUGUUGCUAUGAUGGUUCCUGAUAGACAGAUCAUUAUGCGAGUUAAACUUGCAAGCUGUGGUUUCCUUGAGAAUGUUAUCUUGGCUCAAAAGUUUUAUGUUCUUUACAAACUGUGUGAGGAACAACUUACCAAGCAGGUUCACUAUGACUUCGGGUUGAGAAAUAUCCUAUCUGUAUUGAGGACCCUUGGAUCUCAGAAAAGAGCCAGACCGGAAGACAGUGAAUUAAGCAUCGUCAUGAGAGGACUAAGAGAUAUGAACCUUUCUAAACUGGUUGAUGAAGACGAACCCCUGUUCCUCAGCUUAAUCAACGACCUGUUCCCAGGACUACAGCUGGACAGUAACACUUACGUGGAACUACAAGAUGCGGUGGCCCGCCAGGUUCAGGCAGAAGGUCUGAUAAACCACCCACCCUGGAAUCUCAAACUUGUGCAGCUGUACGAGACGUCGCUGGUGCGGCACGGCCUGAUGACCCUGGGGCCCAGCGGCUCGGGCAAGACCACGGUGAUCACCAUCCUGAUGAAGGCGCUGACCGACUGCGGCCGGCCGCACCGGGAGAUGCGCAUGAACCCCAAGGCCAUCACGGCGCCGCAGAUGUUCGGCAGACUGGACACGGCCACCAACGACUGGACAGACGGGAUUUUUUCCACGCUGUGGAGAAAAACACUAAAAGCUAAGAAAGGUGAGAACAUUUUCCUGAUUUUGGAUGGCCCCGUGGAUGCCAUUUGGAUCGAGAACCUGAAUUCCGUGCUGGACGACAACAAGACGCUCACGCUGGCCAACGGGGAUCGCAUCCCCAUGUCCCCCCACUGCAAGCUUCUGUUCGAGGUGCACAACAUCGAGAACGCCUCCCCCGCCACCGUGUCCAGGAUGGGCAUGGUCUACAUUAGCAGCUCCGCCCUCAACUGGAGGCCGAUACUGCAGGCCUGGCUGAAGACGCCGCACUGUCGCAGGGAGGCCACUGUGUUCCAAAGUCUGUACGAUAAGGUAUUCGAAGAUGUGUAUACAUACAUGAAACUAAGCCUCAACCCCAAAAUGCAGCUCUUAGAGUGCAACUAUAUUGUGCAAUCUCUCACUCUUCUGGAAGGCUUGAUUCCCUCCAAGGAAGAAGGUGGAAUUUCGAGUGUCGAUCAUCUUCAUAAAUUAUUUGUGUUUGGCCUCAUGUGGAGCUUAGGAGCUCUUCUGGAAUUGGACAGCAGAGAUAAGCUUGAAGCCUUUAUGAGAAGCCACCAAAGCAAGAUAUUGUUACCAGAAAUCCCUAAAGGCACAAAUUACACCAUGUACGAGUUUUAUGUUACUGAUUACGGUGAUUGGGAGCACUGGAAUAAGAAACUUCAGCCAUAUUUUUAUCCGACUGACAGUAUUCCAGAGUAUUCAUCAAUUUUGGUUCCAAAUGUUGACAAUAUUAGAACAAAUUUCUUGAUAGACACCAUUGCAAAACAAAAUAAAGCUGUUUUGCUCACAGGAGAGCAGGGAACUGCAAAAACUGUAAUGAUUAAGGCCUAUUUGAAAAAAUAUGAUCCUGAAGUACAGUUAUCCAAAAGUCUAAACUUUUCAUCUGCCACAGAACCAAUAAUGUUUCAGAGAACAAUUGAAAGCUAUGUGGAUAAGCGAAUGGGAAGCACAUAUGGGCCACCAGGAGGCAGAAAAAUGACCGUAUUUAUUGACGAUAUUAAUAUGCCCGUCAUUAAUGAAUGGGGAGACCAGAUAACUAAUGAGAUUGUGCGACAAAUGAUGGAAAUGGAAGGCAUGUACAGUUUGGAUAAGCCUGGAGACUUCACUACUAUUGUUGAUGUACAGCUCAUAGCAGCAAUGAUCCACCCUGGAGGGGGUCGAAAUGACAUUCCCCAACGUUUAAAAAGACAAUUUACUGUGUUUAAUUGCACAUUGCCUUCCAAUGCUUCAAUAGACAAAAUUUUUGGAGUUAUUGGCUGCGGAUACUUCGACCCCUGUAGAAAGUUCAAACCUGAAAUAUGUGAGAUGAUUUCAAGUCUGGUUUCCGCGGGCAGAGUGCUGUGGCAGUGGACGAAGGUGAAGAUGCUGCCAACUCCUUCUAAAUUUCAUUACAUUUUCAAUCUUCGAGAUCUUUCCAGAAUUUGGCAAGGGAUGUUAAACAUAAGAGCUGACGAGUGUAAUUCGAUCUCUGUUCUCCUGUCACUUUUCAAACACGAGUGCAACAGAGUCAUUGCAGACAGGUGUGUAUCACAGUGCCUGGAUUCAAUGUUCUAUAUUUCACGAAUAAUUCGAACCUCAUGUGGAAAUGCACUGCUGGUGGGUGUUGGUGGGUCAGGAAAACAAAGCCUGUCGAGAUUGGCCUCUUUCAUAGCCGGGUAUCAGAUAUUCCAGAUAACGUUAACCAGGUCUUAUAAUGUGACUAACCUAACAGAAGACUUAAAAGUUUUGUACAAAGUUGCGGGGGCUGAAGGAAAAGGCAUCACCUUCAUCUUUACUGACAAUGAAAUAAAAGAUGAGGCUUUUCUAGAAUAUCUUAACAACCUGCUAUCUUCAGGGGAGAUCUCCAACUUGUUUGCGCGGGAUGAGAUAGACGAGAUCACCCAGGGUCUGAUCGCGGUGAUGAAAAGGGAGCUGCCCCGCCACCCUCCCACCUUCGACAACCUGUACGAGUACUUCAUCUCGAGGUCCAGGAGGAACUUGCAUGUGGUGCUCUGCUUCUCUCCAGUUGGCGAGAAGUUCCGCGCCCGGUCUUUGAAAUUUCCUGGCUUGAUAUCAGGUUGCACUAUGGACUGGUUCAGUCGCUGGCCCAGGGAGGCGCUGGUCGCCGUGGCCUCCUACUUCCUUUCAGGCUAUAAUAUCGUCUGCUCUGCUGACACCAAAAGACAAGUUGUGGAAACGAUGGGCCUCUUCCAUGACAUGGUUUCAGAGAACUGUGAAAGUUAUUUCCAAAGGUACCGCCGGAGAGCGCACGUGACUCCCAAAUCUUACCUCUCGUUUAUAAACGGUUAUAAAAACAUUUACACGGAAAAGGUGAAAUUUAUCAAUGAGCAGGCUGAACGGAUGAAUAUUGGUCUUGACAAGCUCAUGGAGGCAAGCGAAUCGGUUGCGAAGCUCUCGCAGGACCUCGCAGUGAAGGAGAAGGAAUUGGAAGUGGCGUCUGUGAAAGCAGAUGAAGUGUUAGCAGAAGUCACAGUAAGUGCUCAGGCUUCAGCCAAGGUGAAAAACGAGGUGCAGGAGGUGAAAGACAAAGCCCAAAAAAUUGUGGAUGAAAUUGACAGUGAAAAAGUAAAAGCUGAGAGCAAACUCGAGGCCGCUAAGCCUGCCCUGGAGGAGGCGGAAGCAGCCCUGAAUACUAUCAAACCAAACGACAUUGCCACGGUCAGGAAACUUGCAAAGCCCCCGCAUCUUAUUAUGAGAAUCAUGGACUGCGUUCUGUUACUCUUUCAAAAGAAAAUUGAUCCUGUUACUAUGGAUCCAGAAAAACCUUGCUGCAAGCCGUCAUGGGGAGAGUCGCUGAAACUGAUGAGCGCCACGGGGUUCCUGUGGAGCCUGCAGCAGUUCCCCAAGGACACCAUCAACGAAGAGACGGUGGAGUUGCUGCAGCCGUAUUUUAAUAUGGAUGAUUACACUUUUGAAAGUGCCAAAAAAGUCUGUGGGAAUGUGGCCGGUCUGCUGUCCUGGACACUCGCUAUGGCAAUAUUUUAUGGCAUCAACAGGGAGGUGCUGCCCCUGAAGGCUAAUCUGGCCAAGCAGGAAGGCCGCUUAGCGGUCGCCAAUGCUGAGCUGGGGAAGGCGCAGGCACUGCUUGAUGAGAAACAAGCCGAGCUGGAUAAAGUGCAAGCAAAAUUCGAUGCGGCAAUGAAUGAGAAAAUGGACUUGCUCAACGAUGCCGACAUGUGCCGGAAAAAGAUGCAGGCAGCCUCCACCCUCAUCGACGGCCUGAGUGGAGAGAAGAUCCGAUGGACUCAGCAAAGCAAAGAGUUCAAAGCUCAGAUUAACAGGCUCGUGGGUGACAUUCUGCUGUGCACCGGAUUCCUCUCCUACCUCGGUCCUUUCAAUCAGAUAUUUAGGAACUACCUGCUUAAAGAGCUGUGGGAGCUGGAGCUGCGGGCGCGGAAGAUUCCUUUCAGUGAAAACCUGAAUCUCAUUUCAAUGCUGGUGGAUCCUCCAACAAUUGGCGAGUGGGGACUGCAGGGCCUACCAGGAGAUGACCUCUCGAUUCAGAAUGGCAUUAUUGUGACGAAGGCCACCAGAUACCCACUCCUCAUAGAUCCACAAACUCAAGGCAAAACUUGGAUUAAAUCAAAGGAAAAAGAAAAUGACCUGCAG